AUGUCAGAAGAUAUUUUACAUCAAAGACGUGUCAGUUCCAGAAAUCACGAUAUUGAGAUGAAUGAGGAGAUACAUAAUCGUGCUUUACUCUUGGUCGAAGAUAUGUGUUACCUCAUGUGCGUUGAAGAUCCCAAGUCUGGGACUAUUUUCCAAAACACGGAGCCGAAGGCCAAUAGCUGGCUAAAGGACACCCAGGACUCCUGUUGUCCCAAACUGUCGCGACUGCAGAGAAUUGUGGGUUUUGUGGCCUGUUUGGGAAUGGGAGGACUCUGCAUAUCCCUAUCGACUCUAUACAUUCCCGUUCUUAUCUUGAAAGCCCGAAAGUUUGCCUUCCAUAUUUCUCCAGCAGUGGGCCUAUCCUUUGACUUGGCUUCUCCAUAG